AAAAAAAAAAAAAAAAAAAGCUGACAAGUUGAUAAAAAAAGUCAAUGAAGACCAACAUUUUAGUGCUUUUUUAUAUGAUGAUGAUGAUGAAAAAUCAUUUGAUUUGCAACCCCUGUUUGGUUCGAAUGCAUCCUGCCAUUGCUCUCCAACAAAGCAGCCCCCGUGAAUCCACUCGCUUAACAUUCUCAAUCUUCUUUAUUAUCCUCCUUGACUGUAAAGACAGGGUUGGUUUGACUAGGUAGUCAGGUGUGAUUAUGACCUUUUUUAACCUUUAUGAACUUAUUUUGCUUUUUACUGCAGACUUUAAGCUUUGCAACAUAUUCUUGACAUCAUGACGACCGUUCAGAACUCAGCGGCGCACCCGUUCACUCGACCAGUUCGUCCAUAUGCACCAUCGCAUACACAGAGAAAGAACUCUGCAAUGUCUGUAGCGACAACCCCGAUCCUGUCAUCCUUUGCAAUUGAUCUCAUUGCGCAGUUUGAUAACUAUCGAGUCAACAUGCGUGAGAGUCUUCAACGGGAAGUUGAGGAAAAUAUCCACAAGGCUAAAGUUCUGAAGGAGGCGAUGAAAGAGUCGAGCGACAGAGACGCAGAGAAUAUGAUCUCUGCUGAGGAGCAAGAGUAUAAUUCCUCUGUACCCAACAAUCGAAGUAACUCCAGCCUUAAUAAAAUUCUAGGACAAGCCUCAUCUCAACAGGGUAGUAAUGGAGAUGCUGGUUCACAGCAUAAUGGCAAGUUAGGCAGUCCUGAAAAGGAAAAACGUUCAAGAUUGGACAGGAUCUUUGGCAGGAAAACUAGUGUUAAUAGCCAGGCAUCGUCUCUUCGAAAUCAAGUUACUCCUCAUCCACAGCCUCAAUCUCAAGUUCGACCACUCUCACAGUCCUCAUCCCAACAUCAAACACCAUCACCCUCGCUGCGUGCCUCCAACACACUCACAGCACAUGCCAAUAACUCUGCUUCACAUGCAAACUCAAGUACUCUAGAUGUGAACGAGAUCAAAUAUCUGCCAGUCGAAGAAGAAUCUGAAGAGGAAGAGGUCCGGAAUCGAUCCAUGACCGUUCCUGGAUCGGGUGUAGGAGGAUUAAAUGGUGAAGCAACAGGCACAGAGGUUAAGCUGCAUCCAACCCGCGCCAAAACAUUCGCUCUGCCCAAGAGUUUGAGAAACUUGAAGAGGCGCAUUGCUGCAUUGAGGGCCAAGGGAACAGACCUAGAUGCAGAGAGACGUGAGAAGGAGGAACGCGAGAGAGCAGCAAAUGGGGGCGUCGCUGUUGUGGAAGAGAAGAAGAAGUUUGCAUUCAUUAGGCUAUUGCCCUGGAAAACCACAAAGAAGUUAGAGAUAACGAGUGCAUAGGUCUCUACUAAAUCUGUAUCUUCCUCAUUCCCAAGUUCUAAUUUGAGCUUUUAACAUACCCACCCCAUAGCUUCAUGUUUAUUAAUGUUUAAUCUCUUAAUAAUUACACCUCCCUCUCACC